AUGAGUAAAACAUUAACAACAAUUCAUUUACUUGCAGUUGUAUCACUUUCAAAUACUUUAAUGGCUUUGAAAAAUCGUUAUUAUUAUAAUUCUAAAAGGAUGUCUUUAAGACGUUCUCCUUCAUCAAAAUCAACAGAAGAACAAUUAAGUGAAUGUGAAAGUCACAAAGUUAAACAAAGUUGGUCAAAUAUUGCUGCAUUACAUUGUAUUCUUUUACCGGAAAGAAUAAAACCUAAAAAUUCUUAUGCUUCUCCUAAACUUGAUAUGCUUGCAAGAAAAUGGCAAGACAGUUGUAUUGAAAUACGUGAUGCUGCACAUGCUCUUUUAAUUAGAGAAUUGAAUCGACUUGGCCCUGAAGGUUUUUUUUUGAAUCAUUAUUAUUUUAAUUUCUUCUUUUUUCUCAAUAAAGGACGUCAACAAUUAAUCAAAAAAUGGGCCAAUUUUCUGCCCGUAUUACUUGAUCAAUCAAUUUCUAUUUUUUCAACACAAAAUGCUUCAACUACAAAUCCACCUUCUUCUAAAAAUUUGAAUAAUUUCGCCAAUAUAGAAUAUAAUCCAACAGACUCGCAACAACCAGACUCAUUAUCAGCAAUUUCAAGUACAAGAAUAUCUUCAGCAUCAUCAGUAUCUUCUUCAAAAAGUCCACCACCGCCACGUCCAAGUGUUCCACCAAUACCUCCAAGAUCAUCAAAUUCUACACCUUUACCACAAGUUUUGCCUUUAACAUCUAUUGAAGACAAUAAUUCUUCUUCUUGUGAUUUUUCAACAACAACAAAUAAUUAUUCACAUAAAAUAUGUGUUAAUCAAAGUAGUAAAAGUACUUCAACAAUUAGUGGAGGAGAAGGAGGAGAAAAUAAUACCAAUAGUGAUGUUACUGAACAAACAACAACUAUUGCUUUCGCCUCGUCUUAUAAUACUUCAACAGAAAAUCAACAACAACAUGAAAGUUCUACAAUACUUAAUGAUCAAUUAUAUUUGGGUGGAAUUAAUCAAAUACGCAGAAAUCAGGCAACAGCAAUUAUUUUUCUUGGUGUUAUGGGUGCUGAAUUUCCCAAUGAUUUACAACGCCAUUUGGAUAUUUGCCGUGCUACAGCUCAUUCAUUAUUAGAAUUAUUGUUAUCACCUACAACUGUUUAUCCUCCACUUUUAAUUCCUCAAAAUUCACUUUUGAGAAGAGCAGCGAUAGAUUUAUUAGGAAGAGGAUUUGUGCUUUGGCAGCCUCAUCUUGAUUUGCCAAAAAUGCUUAUUGGAUUACUCAAUUUAGCUGCAGAGUGCGAAAGGCAUUUGCCCGCUGGACCUCUACCUCCUGGAAUACAACUCUCACCUGAAGCUGAUGCUUGUCGUACAGCCAGACAUGCUUUAUCACUUAUUGCUUCUUCACGACCUCAAGCAUUAAUUACUGCACUUAAUAUGGAGGUGAUUCGUUAUAAUGCAGUAGCUCAACAUCAAACAAUUCAACAUCCAAUACCCAGCCCUUUAACAAAAUCAAGAAAUGAAGUACUUAGGCUUUUGGAACAAUUAUCAGAAAGGCAAUACAAUUUUGUUGUUGAUUUAAUUGUACAGGUUGGAGAUAUUCUAGUCCAUUGCCUUGAUUUGUCAUUACUUAAACAACGUUCUAUAACAGAUUUAUUCCCUCCUAUUGCAAAAUUUUAUAUGGUUACUUAUUGUCCAACAACACGUCGAUUAGCAUUUGGUGGAAAGAAUGGAACUAUAGUUAUACAUGAAUUAAGGUUAUCUAAAUCACAGUCAGUUAAAGCCCACAAUGUUCCAAUCACUGCAUUAGCAUUUUCUGAAGAUGGAAAAUAUUUGGCAGCAUAUGCUGCACAGGAAGCAAAAAUUAGUUUUUGGCAAACUCAACAAACAUUUUUGGGAAUGGGACAAAGUCAAGUUAGAUGUGCUCGAAUGCAACCUGCUCCAGGUGAAUUUCCAGUAAUAAGUCCUGGUGGAAGUUAUCAAUUAUUUCGUGCAAGGCUUGUUUGGAUUAAUUCAAAAUCUUUGACAUUAAUGUUACCAAAUGGGAAAGAAAAUAGAUUUAGUGUUUGA